UUCUACAAAAGCGCUCAGGUUUUCAGGAGACAGGAAAACGCGAGGCCAAGGGACGCAGCACAACACUGAAGAAAAAAAAGCUAUCUCUCACUCUCUCAUAUCCGCAUCUCCUUCCAUUUGUAGCCUAUAUAUAUAUAUAUAUCCUCCAGUCGUCUCUGUCUCUCUGAAAUCCAAACCGUGAAAGAAAGAGAAACCCGACCGGGCAUUUUCUCCAAAUGCCUUGAAACCCUAAUCCCAAAAUCCCUUAUCCCUUUCAUUUCCGCCCUUCUAUAUACAAGGGAAGACAGGAAAAUAACUAGCCCUCAAAGGCAAGUAGCAGCAUCCGACCGGGCCUCCUUCCAACGCAAACGGCUUUCUUCUUUUCUAGGGUUCCUCGAUCUAAGACCGCCCGAUCUGAAAUGGAUUCACGUGAUUCGCCGUCGUCGGCAGCAGGGGCCGGAACGACUAGAGAUGAAGAAGACGGCCAUCUCUCCGUCACAGCAGCACUUGCUAAGGAUGCGGCGCUCCUCUUUCAGUCCCGGCGUUACACUGAAUGUCUUGAUGUAUUGCAUCAGCUGUUGCAGAAGAAAGAAGACGAUCUGAAGGUACUUCAUAAUAUUGCUGUCGUGGAGUACUACUGUGAUGGUUGUUCUGAUCCUAAGAAGUUGCUCGAAGUGCUAAAUAUGGUUAGAAAGAGAAGCAAAGACCCUGCUCGUGCAUCAGGAGAACAGGCGGAGGUUGCUAGCAACCUUGGUAGCAGUGUUAUCUCAGGAUCUAAAGGUGGUGCUAGCACUGGACAUCAAUUUUCCACAGGAAAUGCUACAUAUACAGAUGAAUUUGAUACAACUGUAGCCAGGCUAAACACUGCAGUUGUCUUGUUUGAACUCCAUGAAUACGAGAAUGCACUGUCUACUCUGGAACCAUUGUACCAAAACAUUGAACCCAUUGACGAGACAAUAGCCCUUCAUAUAUGCCUUCUCCUAUUGGAUGUUGCAUUAGCCUCCCAUGAUGCAUCCAAAGCUGCGGAUGUAAUUCAGUACCUGGAAAAAACUUUUGGUGUUGGUUACAUGAUCAGUCAAGGCGAUAAUGGAAAUGCAGCCCCACAAUAUCAAUCUUCAAGCCAACCCGUAAAAGCAUCUGCAACAGCGCCAAGUAAUUUGGCUGCUCCUGAUGCUUCUAAUCUAGAUUCUGCUUCUGGCUUAAAUGCCUCAGAUAACCCAUUAGCAAGAACCCUGUCAGAUGAGGCAGAUUAUGAAAACCUGCUGUCGACAUUGGAUAUUGGUGGGCAGAACUUGUCAAGGCCUGCUGCUCCCUCGUCCCAAAAUGACAUUUCCAGAACAUUAGCAGAACGCCCUGCUCCUGCUGUUGAUCUGAAGCUCAAGUUGCAUCUCUACAAGGUGCGUCUACUGCUGCUCACUAGGAACCUGAAAGCGACAAAACGUGAAGUCAAGCUAGCAAUGAACAUUGCACGUGGUCGAGAUUCCUCCACUGCAUUGCUUUUGAAGUCCCAGCUAGAGUAUGCUCGUGGUAACCACCGUAAGGCUAUAAAGCUCUUAAUGACAUCCAGUAAUCGGACUGAGUCUGGUAUGCCCAGCAUGUUCAACAACAAUCUAGGGUGCAUAUAUUAUCAGCUAAGGAAACACCACACGUCAACCUUGUUCUUUUCAAAGGCAUUGAAGAGCAGCUCCUCACUUCGAUCCGAGAAGCCCCUCAAGCUAUCCACUUUCUCACAGGACAAGUCACUCCUCAUUGUAUACAACUGCGGUUUGCAGUAUUUGUCCUGUGGGAAACCAAUAAUUGCCGCUCGCUGUUUCCACAAGGCUGGCCCAGUUUUCUACAACCGGCCCUUGCUGUGGCUGCGACUUGCUGAAUGCUGUCUAUUGGCCCUGGAGAAGGGGCUCUUGAAAUCUAAUAAUGGGGCCUUUACCAACAAUGGAGAAGUUACAGUUCAUGUUGUCGGUGAUGGGAAAUGGCGGCAGCUAGUCAUUGAAGAUCCAGCGUCUAGAAAUAGACAUCUGGGUUUCAUGGAAGAGGAGGAUGGUUUAUUAAGUGGUGACGAUCGAAUCAGGCUCUCGAUUCCUUAUGCUAGGCAGUGUCUGCUCAAUGCGCUGCAUCUACUAAAGGGACUUGAAUUGAAAUCUUCGAGAGAUGCUUAUGCUGUUUCUGCGUUGGAAGAAGAAGAUUCAACCCAGACAGCAUCUGUUGUUGGCCAAAAGAACUCAAACCACAAGAAUUUACAAGACGGGGCAGCAUCAAAUGUUACAGCUGCUGCUGCUCAGGCAAGCGCAAAUGGCGAUUCUAAAGAACCUAAGGGAAGCAUGAGCUCAAACACCACCACCACCUUGCAAGUCUCUGUUGCUGCUUACGAAGAGAUGUGCACAAAAGAGAAUCAUAUGAUAAAGCAAGCUGUUCUAGCAGACCUAGCAUAUGUGGAGCUGAGCUUGGAAAACCCUUUGAAAGCGCUAUCAGCUGCAAAUGCACUCCUGCAGCUGCCAGAUUGUUCUAGAAUAUAUAUUUUUCUGGGCCAUGUGUAUGCAGCAGAGGCUCUGUGUCGCCUGAACCGGCCAAAAGAAGCUGCAGAGCAGCUGUCAGUCUAUGUGUCAGAUGGGAACAACAUUGAAUUGCCUUAUAGUGACGAUGAUAGAGACAAUUGGAGAAUUGACAAGGCUGGAGGAGGAGAUGGUGAGGAGUUGAAUGGCUCCACUGUUGCCAGCAUGAAAAAUACUAAGGAAGAGUCUCAAGGUAUUGUGUUCAUUAUGCCUGAGGAGGCGCGUGGGGCCCUUUAUGUAAACCUUGCAUCCAUAUCUGCCAUGCAAGGCGAUCUUGAGCAGGCGCAUCGGUUCGCAAUGCAAGCGCUAUCUACGAUACCGAAUGAUCCAAAGGCGGUGCUCACAGCAAUUUACGCAGAUCUUCUGCUUGGGAAAACAAAAGAUGCUCUUGUCAAGUUUAGACGGUGUAGCAAUGUUAGAUUCGUUCCCAGCAGUGUAGCAGCAUUGAAUGGCUCUUGAUGGUUGGCUGGUUGUGUAUCCGUGGCUUGGUUGAUUGAUGCCCUACCACCCCUCUCCCUUCCCCCUUUCUUUGAGAGUAGUAGGACCACCAAGAGUCUCUCUCAAGAGUAUCUGUAACAUAUAUACGAUGAUUAGUCAGUCCUAGAAUAAGCUUUUUUUCUCUUUCUUUCUUCUCUCUCUCUCUCUCACUCUCACUCUCUCUUCGUAUUAGGGAUUGGUGGCAUGGCACAAUUGUUUUGGUUCGUGGGUGCUCACCGUUCAAAUUCAACAUGUAGUUUUUUUUUUUUUUAAACUUCUUUUUUCGAUUCGGAUCACCCAUGUUUUGGUUGCUAAUCCGGUCAUUCAAAAAGGCUUGGGAAGUAAAUGCAAAGGUCUAUUUUCAUA